AACAUUCUUUUGAGCUGAAAUUUUCAGGGCAUUCUAUUGGUACAUAGACCUAUCUUUGGACACAAUCUCAGCUCGAAAUAUUGUCAUUCGAUUUUUUGGUAUAUACUGUGUCAUAGGCUAAAAAUCCAGUAAAAUGCCUAUAACUCUGGACAGAAGGCCUAUGGGCACUUAUCCUUUUGGGCCUUUUCAUACCUCACUGGGGUCUAUCUUUCACACUGAGUUCGAACUCAAAAGCGAUUGGACAGUUGAAAAGGUUCCCUCGUCAGUUUUACCGAGUUCACCGCUACCCCGAUUGUACAGUGCAUUUUUGGCAUUGUAUUGUUGUAUUCAUAGAUUUCAUCCGUUCAAUAGUGACAAACUCUUUGAGUCGUAACCAUUUUUUUAAGUGUAGAAAUGUGUCUCUGAUCGUACACAGUCAAUGGAGACAGUCCCAAACGUAGACUAAUUCAAUAGAUCGAAUGAAAAAUCGUUUUUAGAACAUCUGUGUCGAAAGUAUCGUGACAUAUAUUCUCUAGUGCCUGGAAGAGAUCUUCUGGUUGUCAGUGCAAACUUGUGUUGUAGAGACCACUGUUAGCACGAAGAAUGCAUCGUCAUUUCUUAUUUGCUUUUUUCACUGUAUAAUGGUAUUUUAAAAAUAGACAGCCUUGAAGAAAACACGUUUCUUGUUUGAUUCUCUAUUCAUCUUUUUUUUUCUAUCAAACAGUAAUUGCUAGCGUAGAGUGAAAUAAAAAUAACUUUUGAUUAUUCCGCUGAAUGAACAACUGUAAUAAUCACGCAUUAAAAAAAAUGAAGGAAAAAAGUGAGCGAAACACACCCAUACACAUACAAAGAGAUAAAAAAAGACUUCAUCAACCAAGAUUUCUUAUUGAAGUAUUCGAAUCGCAUUCAGCUGUCAAAAAGGUCUAACUCUAACCAAAUCAAAUUCUACUUAUUUCCAUCAGCACUUUUUUCCAUAAUUAUUCUCUGUUUCAUCGUCAAACUCAGAAAAAACGUUCCUCUAAAAGAAAAGUCAUCAACAAGAUCAAAUAAUUUUCUGUCUAAUUCGUUUUACAUUUAUUCAGGCAAGGUGGAAACCUCUAACAACUCAUCUCUGUUCUUCUUUUCAGUAUGCUACUGAACUUCCUAUUACUUUGCAGUUCUUCUACAAUAGUAAUUCAGUCAUCCCUCCAUCGGAUACCUGUUGCUUUGAGUGGGUCAUAUAAAACUUUAGUCUUACUGUCAAUGGCCUUCUUCGCGUUACAAAUGCAACCGUCGAACGUUAUUUGCACAUUUUUAACAAAAAGUCUCUUUUUAAACUCCCGCUUUCUUUUUGCAUUUCACUAUUUUCUACCCUUUUAUCUACUACUUCUCUCAUGACAUUUUUCUUUCUUUGCCAAGACCAGUUUUUAUACACUUCUUUUCUCUGCAAAAGUGGAAUGGUAUAAUGACUGUCAUCUUUUAAAGACCGCUAAAAAAAUGAAUUAGACAAGCAUUUUGAUUUUAUUGUUUUAGAAUUUAUCGAAGGUGGUUUGUUGCUUCAAUUCUCCUUUUGUAUUCGAUCAGAUCACUCAAAAAGGAUUGUUCUAUCCUGUCACUUGUCUGUUGAAACACAUGAAACUCUUCUUCUUCUUCUUUGUACAUGCAUCUCUUUGGAAAAAAAGAACUAACGAGGGAGAAAUUAUUCAUAAUGAAUGAGAUGAAGAAAUGAUAGUUGUGCCAUUCUGAUGAAGAAAAACAUCACUAUUUCGAUCGUUUCAGAUCAGGCUUAGUGAUGUUCCGCAAGAUUUUUCUGAAUUCAAAACCUAAACUGAAACGUCAAAAAAGAUUUUCUUAUGCUGACUCUCUUUAGGGCAAGAAAAUUAAUAUAUUCUCACUGAACAAGGAAGUCUACUUUAAAACUUUUAAAACUCCUGUCCAAAAUCAGAAAAACUAUCACUGUUAGAGUGCUCCCUCUUAUUACUUUUUUUGAGUUUUUAUUCCCGUUACUGAUACUUUUCUGAGUAAACGACCUUGAAGAAGAUAGUUUCUUGGAUUGCCUAUUCAUUAUCCGUUUUUUCUUCUAUCAAACGCUAAUUGAUAGAGAAGAUGAAAUAAAAGAGGUAUACUCCUAACCAUUAUUUUUGAUUAUUCCACUGAAAUGAAAAAUGGAAAAACUAUAGCAGAAAAAAGAGUCCCUCAUCAUAAGUACCACACAACAGGAUAUACAAAAAGAGAGAGCGGUUGACGAUCAUAUAACGAAAUUAUUAUUAUGACAGUUUAACAUCAAACAUGACACAGCAGAAAGAGACAUACAUUAUUCUCUGCGUUUUUCCACUUGCAUUAUAUUUUCUCUUAUUUGUUAGAACACAACAUUUCUGAAAAAUGUCAUAGAUCUGCAACCGAUCUUCUCGCUUCUCUCUCCGAUGCCAUCGUUACUACUAUAUUUGGACAACUAAUUGUUCUCUAUAUUUUUCUUAUCUAUUAAAAAAACAUUCAUUUCAUAGAACUCUCCAUCUCAUUACAUUAUAGUUAAUAUCUGUUUCCUCACAAUUUUCUUUUUCUUGUAAGUUACUAUACAAGUAACGUAAAUCGAAGCGAUUCGCUGAAUCUCUUGACUGUUUGACAAGUUCUUUUGUCUAAAAAUAAAAUCAGGCUGCUGAUUCUAACUACUACCCAUUCACACAGAAAUAUUCUUCGUGUCCGAUUGUAAGCUGUGUCUGUCCUGUUCUGUCAUUCUUUCUUAGUGUACACUCUAAAAAAUAAUGCGUCUUAUAUGUGUCUUACACCACAUGCGUCUUAUUUUAAGCAACAUGCGACAAAUCAAUUAUUUGUUCGAUUUUCUGGUAAAGCUCUAAGAUAAGAUAACAGAAAGUGAUAAGCGAAUCACAGCGCACAAUGCAGAAAUUUUUUCCUUGCAUCAAAGGCAUUUUUGAAGGGAAGAAAUAUUUUGAGAUCACAAAAAUAAACAGAAUAAGACCCAUUGAUGCGUCUUAUUUUAUGUGACUUAUUGUUAAGACAUAUGAUGUGUUUUAUUCAUAAAAUAAGACGCUUUAAUCUUCUUUUGAUCCGGUCUAGUGUCUUAAAUAAGAUGCAUUAUUUUUUUACAUUGAAUGAUAUGUCUUAUUUUUGAAAUAAGCUUUGGUCUUAUUUUGAUCCGACUAAGUGUCUUAGCUCAUGCUUCUUAUUGUUAAGGCACAGGAUAUUUAUUAUUCUUAAAAGACUUAGUAUCUUAAAUAAGAUGCAUCAAUUUUUAGAAUGUAAAAUUAUAUUAUAUAAGCGAUUAUGGAACGAAGAAAGAAAAAGAGAACAAAGUAAAGAAUAAAAACUGUUAGCGCAAUCCCUUGGAGGAUUAAAAAUGUGAAACACGAUGGACAUAUUGUUACUGAUUAAAUGGACAUCGUUUUGUUCCAUUUCUUCAAGAUAAAUUUGUAGCUUACCGUUUAUUUGAUGCUUCAAAACUACAGUUUCUCUGUCACGGUCUGCAAUGGUCUUCGGGGGUUCUCUAUCACGGUCUGUGAUAGUCUCUGAAGUUCUCUGUCACAGUCUGUGAUGGUCUCCGGGGGUUCUCUGUCACGGUCUGUGGGGGGGGGAGGGGGGGGGGGUGCAAAUUUCUGCCCCUAAACACUUCAACACUCCUUUCAGAUCGUGUUUUACAAAAAUUAUCGUUACAUAAGGUCCUGCUUUCAAAUGCCAUAAUCAAAGAGAGGGAAUGGUUUAGCUAUCUACACUUAUAUUUUACUACAUGCGAUUUUCGCACACAUUUUGGAGGACAUCCAAAACUUACGAAAAAUUAAUGACUUAAUUUUUGAAGGAGCACAAAGUGAUUGUGAGGAAAAGGAAAGGAGGAAAGAAAAGAAAAGAAAGAAGAUAGAACAUCGUUGUGUUGUAUAAGAAAGAUGUUUUUCUUAUCUAAUAUAGAUUUUCUGAAAACACUAACUUUUUUAUAGAUAAAAACGUUAUUGUUUUGUACUAUAUAAUUCCAGAUCGGUGGGUUUAUAUUUUACAUUAAUAAAGAAGAGUGUAAAUUUGAUUCAAAAAGUUGCAAGUAUGGUCAGUAAUCUUCCUAAAGAAAAUGUCUGGGAUUAUCCACGUUCACCUGCCAUUGAACCAGUUCAAGCACGUCUCAGAGUUGUCUAUAAUCAAGUGGUACUGGCUGAUACAACUAGUGCACUGCGCAUGUUGGAAACAAGUCAUCCUCCCACAUACUACAUUCCUCCGAAAGAUGUCAAACAAGAAUAUCUCAAACGUAACAACAAGUCAUCGUACUGUCAGUGGAAGGGUUUAGCAUCAUAUUAUGACUUCCAUCCACCUGAUAAUCAGUCGGUUGUAAGUUCACGAAUAUGGUCAUAUGGUAAUCCAAAUGGGAGUAAUGGGAAGUAUUCCGAUAUAAAAGAUUAUUAUAGUUUUUACGUUGGACCAUGGGAUUGCUAUGUCAAUGAAGAGAAAGUUGAAGCACAACCAGGUGACUUUUAUGGCGGAUGGAAAACAAAAAAUAUCGAAGGCAAAGUCAAUGGAGGAUCUGGAGCCUGGGGCUUGUAA